AUGGCUCGGUUCCCCCGUGGAUCCUCCGUUCCCCACCUCCUCUACUCCUUCUUCUACUCCUCCACGAAGUCCACUCGCCCGUCUCCUCACUCUCCGGCCUCUGCCUUGCUCUUAGGCAACUUUCACCUCCGUCAAUUUUCCUCCAGCGCUGCCCGUGCCAAGGAAGAUAAGGAGCCAUGGUGGAAGGAAUCCAUGGAACGCCUCCGGAACAUCGGUAUCUCUGCUCACAUCGACUCCGGAAAAACCACUCUCACCGAGCGCAUCCUCUUCUACACCGGCCGGAUUCACGAGAUCCACGAGGUCCGUGGUCGUGAUGGUGUCGGAGCUAAGAUGGACUCAAUGGACUUGGAAAGAGAGAAAGGCAUCACAAUUCAGUCAGCGGCUACUUACUGUACUUGGAACGGCUACCAGGUGAAUAUAAUCGAUACACCGGGCCAUGUAGACUUCACUAUUGAAGUGGAGAGAGCUUUGAGGGUGCUAGAUGGUGCCAUUCUUGUGCUGUGUAGUGUUGGAGGCGUGCAAAGUCAAUCCAUAACGGUUGAUAGACAAAUGAGGAGAUAUGAGGUGCCUCGUGUUGCGUUUAUCAACAAGCUUGAUCGUAUGGGAGCAGAUCCGUGGAAGGUUUUGAGCCAGGCAAGGGCUAAACUGAGGCAUCACAGUGCAGCUGUUCAAGUUCCUAUUGGGUUAGAGGAGGAUUUUCAAGGCCUUAUUGACCUAGUGCAAAUGAAAGCUUUUUACUUCCGUGGAUCCAGUGGUGAAAACGUUGUUGCUGAAGAUAUUCCUGCGGAUAUGGCAGCAUUUGUUGAAGCUAAAAGGCGUGAACUUAUUGAGACAGUCUCAGAUGUCGACGAUAAACUUGCUGAUGUUUUUCUGUCAGAUGAGCCUAUUUCUGCCUCUGACCUUGAGGAAGCAAUACGCAGAGCUACUAUAGCUCGGAAAUUCAUACCUGUUUUUAUGGGCAGUGCGUUCAAGAACAAGGGAGUACAACCUCUUCUUAACGGCGUUCUUAGUUAUUUGCCUUGUCCAAUUGAAGUGAGCAAUUAUGCUCUUGACCAAACCAAGGACGAAGAGAAGGUUAUGUUGGGAGGUAAUCCCGAAGGACCACUUGUUGCAUUAGCUUUCAAAUUGGAGGAAGGUCGUUUUGGUCAGUUGACAUACUUAAGAGUCUAUGAGGGUGUCAUUCGCAAAGGUGAUUUUGUCGUGAACAUAAACACAGGAAAGAGGAUCAAGGUUCCUCGCUUGGUUAGAAUGCAUUCUGAUGAGAUGGAGGACAUUCAAGAAGCACAUGCUGGACAGAUAGUUGCUGUGUUUGGUAUGGAUUGCGCUUCAGGUGACACUUUCACUGAUGGAUCCGUAAAAUACACUAUGACAUCUAUGAAUGUACCUGAGCCUGUGAUGUCCUUAGCUGUUCAACCAGUUUCAAAAGAUUCUGGGGGACAAUUCUCAAAAGCUUUGAACCGCUUCCAGAGAGAGGAUCCCACUUUCCGUGUUGGAUUGGAUCCUGAGAGUGGUCAGACUAUAAUUUCUGGAAUGGGGGAACUACAUUUGGACAUUUACGUCGAACGCAUUCGGAGAGAAUACAAGGUUGAUGCAACCAUCGGUAAACCGCGUGUGAACUUCAGAGAAACUAUAACUCAACGCGCAGAAUUCGAUUAUUUACACAAGAAGCAAAGUGGAGGACAAGGUCAAUAUGGUAGAGUAACCGGGUAUGUGGAGCCAAUUCCUCUAGGCGAAGCAACCAAGUUUGAGUUUGAGAACAUGAUUGUGGGACAAGCCAUACCAUCAAAUUUCAUUCCUGCUAUCGAGAAGGGUUUUAGAGAAGCAGCUAACUCGGGUUCCCUGAUCGGGCAUCCAGUUGAAAACCUCCGGAUAGUUUUAACGGAUGGUGCUUCCCAUGCUGUUGAUUCUAGUGAACUCGCAUUUAAACUGGCGGCAAUAUACGCUUUCAGACAGUUGUAUACAGCUGCAAAACCUGUGAUUUUGGAACCUGUUAUGUUGGUGGAGCUGAAAGUGCCAUCAGAGUUUCAGGGAACUGUUGCUGGUGAUAUCAACAAGAGGAAAGGUGUCAUCGUUGGUAACGAUCAGGAUGGAGAUGACUCCAUAAUAACCGCCCAUGUUCCUCUGAACAACAUGUUCGGGUACUCCACUUCUCUUCGUUCUAUGACCCAGGGUAAAGGUGAGUUCACAAUGGAGUACAAAGAACAUCUGCCUGUGUCUCAGGACGUGCAGGUGCAACUGGUGAAUGCUUACAAAGCCAGCAGGGGAACUGAAUAA